AUGGAGACAAAGUCAGCCACACAAAGGCCUCUUGGCAAGAAUGGGCCCAUGGUCUCGCGCAUCGGCUUUGGUACGAUGGGGAUGGGCUUUCCAUGCUCUCGAACAAUUGCCCCUAUUCCUGACCCGGAACGCCUCACCCUGCUUGACAGCGCGUAUGAGUUGGGAUGUACGUUCUGGGAUACCAGCGACUUCUAUGGUGACGCUGAGGUGAUAAUCGGCAAGUGGUUCGCACUGAAUCCAGAGAAGCGCAAGGACAUCUUCAUCGCUACGAAGUUUGGCGGUAUUCGGCUACCAGAAGGAUUCGGCUUUCGAGGUGACGCUGCAUAUGUGCCCAUUGCCUGUGAGCAGAGCUUGGAAAGACUUGGGGUAGAGACCAUCGAUCUUUGGUACCCUCACCGGCUCGACGGAUCAACUCCCGUUGAGCACAUCGUUGCCGAAAUGGUCAAAUUAAAGGAAAAAGGCAAGAUCCGCCACAUCGGCCUGUCUGAGGUCUCCUCGACCACUCUGCGACGCGCCCAUGCUGUGCACCCGAUUGCGUGCGUCCAAAUGGAGUACAGCGCCUUCAGCACAGAGAUAGAGUCCCCAGAGCACCAGCUCCUCACUACGUGCCGCGAGUUGGGCGUGGCCGUCGUGGCUUACUCUCCGCUGUCUCGUGGCCUGCUGGGCGGUGGUGUCCAAGGCCCCGAUGACUUCGAGGAGGGUGACAUUCGUCGAUUCUAUCCGCGCUACUCCAGAGAGAACUUCCCAAAAAACAUGGAGUUGGUUGAAGCGUUCAGGGAAGUGGCCACCGCCAAAGGAGGGACUGUUGGCCAGACCGCCCUCGCCUGGCUGCUAGCUCAGGGAGGUGACAUCUUCCCCAUUCCGGGCACGAUCACGCCCAAGUAUGUCAUGGAGAACUUUGACGCGGUGCACAUCCAGCUCACCGAUCAGGAAACGCAGCGCCUCCGCGAUCUGGUGGACAAGGCGUCCGUCUUCGGUGAGAGAUAUCCGGCGGAGCAUGCGGGCGGCUUGUUCGCCGACACCCCGCUUCCCGAGGAAUGGGACGGGGAGAAGAGAGAUGUGGUUGUCAUCGGCCGGGUCAUCCCUCCCGGCGAGUAA